AUGAAUGAAUAUUUGCCCAACUCUUACCUGUUAGGCAUACAAUUGACUAUAUCGACACAUUCUGGUCAACAAGUGGUCUAUUCGUAUCCACCAACAUCAGUAGCAUGCGCAUCUUCUGUAUCAAAUAAUUUUAAGGUUAACAAAACAAGUAAUAAACAUAGAGAUGAGGAAUUAAAAUUACAAAGAACACAUGACGAAACAGACACUUCCUCUUCAAGUUCAUCCAGUUGGUCGUCGGGACUGAGUGAUUCUGAAUUAUCUACUGAUGAGGCUGACGAAUCCUUUUCAUCUAGAUCUAAUGAAACAACAUCAUCGACAUCAUUCCAUGAACGAAUGAGUACAGAACAACUAUUAGAUAUGUUCAAGACAGGAAGUGAGGCGGUGCCUGAAGUGAUGGAUGUGCAAAUGAAUGAACUUUUCUUUUCAAAGGAAAAUUAUCAGGAUAUUGAUAAGAUAUUUGGAUUUAAUUCUGAAUUCGUUGCAGAAUUUUGUACACCCGACAGAGAUUUAUGUAACACACGAUUCGAGUUUACAAUUGAUGAAUUUUGUUUUCUUGGGUUCCCUAUUCAUAAUGAUUCAAAUGGGAAGUGGAGAAAAUCUAAACAUAGAAAACAUACAUCUAGAAAAUCAGCAAGUAUAAGCCACUCGAAAAGAAAGAAAUCUUUAACGACAAGUUCAAUACAUUCAUCGGGAUCUAAAAGUGGAGAAUCUUCUGGUAUACAGCAAAAACAAUCAGAAUUAACUGAAGACAACAAUGCAAAUAAUACAACCCUAACUGAACCAGAAGAUGAUAUUAAUGACUUGAGUAAAUCUAUGAAUAUGUUCCACGUAUGUUUCAUUUUAAAUCCUCCUUUGAUUGAAUACAACAAUAGAGUAGAUGAUAUGUAUCAGCAUGUAGUGGCAAAAUUAUCGUUACUUCUCCGUUAUAUUCAAUCUAAGACCCAAUUUGUGUCAAAUGAGUGUAGUAUUAUUCUAAAAGAACGUGAAUAUGUAACGAAACAGUCAGAGACAUAUCAGGAACUUAAGACCCCCUGGGAGAAAGGUAAAUAUCUGUAUGAGAGAAUAUUAAGUAAAUCAUCCUUAGCGAGAGCGUUAACAAAAUGUGUUGAUCAACUACACCAAAAUGAAAUCGCCUCUAUUAAAAUUGGCGACAAGAUGAUCUCCUUACAAAUUCCUAUUCAAAAUGAAUUUUCUACCUUACCAAGCAAUCGCUUGGUUGAAAUAUUACCACAUUCUUAUCUCACCUCAAUUGUGAAUAGAAAAUUCAUCGAAAGAGCUUCAAUGGCAUACAAUUCUAAAGUUAACGACUUCAAAACAUCUAAUUUAGGAGGUACAUAUUCAAAUACUGAUAACGCUCCAAGAAACAGUUCUGACGUGAGGUAUUUGCUACAAGAUGAUGGGGCUGACGACGACGACGAUAUUCUAGAUUAUACACUAUUACUGUUAGACGAUCCAAUGAUAAUACUGAAAAAUUUAGAGUCGAUGACAUUAAACAAUUCAGAUUUACAAGAUAAUAAUGUAGGUGACGUUAACACAAUUAUUCUGAAGCAGCUAAUUAAGCAAAUUCAACCUACAGUUCCCUUGCGAUACUAUCAUUACAUUAUAACCGAUAUUCUGCAAAUUGAAGGAAGUAAUAUUACUUAUGAUAUUCUGAGAUCUUUUGCUUUACAUCUUAUAUACUGGAGGCAUGCGCGAAUUAUUAUACCAAUUAGUUCAAAAUAUAAAUAUGCUGUAUCACCACUGUUAACUUUAACAGCUACUUAUCUUGAAGAGUCUAAGAUAUUUAAAGACAAAUUUCCAUCUUUACCUUCUCUAAGCUAUUUUUUGGGUAAAUUAUCAGAGCCAGAUAUACUUGAAACAACCAAGAAUCCAAAGGCAUCAAACCUGAGUAAAACAAUGGGACAUAACGAGACACAUAUUGGAAUAAGGCCCUUUGGAUCCCUUAUUCCAAGUAAAGAACAUAAGGGUAUCUACUUAGGCGCAUUAAGCUGGCUAAUAAAGCAUGGAUAUGUCUAUCAGUUACUGACUUUUGUCUAUAUUAGAGUUGAUAAGAAAGUUAAAAUGCAUGUAGAGGAAGAUCUUGAAAGAGAAGGAUUUAGAGUUAAAAAUAAAGAUAAAAAAAAAAUGAAAGGUGAGAGAAAUAUGCAAGAUCUCUCGCUGAAUUCUUUAGCUAAUGAUAUAAAUACAAAAACCGAUGCAAUUGAUUCAAACAGAAGGAAGAAUAAGCUUGAAACAGUCGGAGUGGACAACCUAAUACCGAAUUCAACAAACAAUACCAUCAUGAACUCCAACAAUGUCAGUAAUGAUGACGUUCUACACUUCGAGUUCGAUGAUCCUGAAAUACAACAAGAUUUUACAAUAAUUUUGGAACCCGAGCGUGCAACAGCACUAGAGAAGAGAUGGCUGUAUAAAUGUGUAUCAGAACAGUCUCCUGACAUACAGAUAUUAUUCAAGAAAAUGCUAAAAUAUUUUAAUGGUAAAACGCCUUUAGAGUUAGUGAUGCUGAAGGAAAAUGUAUCAAGACACGAGAUAAAGAAAUUGUUUCAGGCUUUAGAUAAAUUUCUAGUGGAGGUGCGUCAUUGGUAA